UUCCAUCACUUCAGCACGCGCUUCAACGCAUAUAGAGGCGCACAUUCUCCACCACGCCUUGCCGAACACAUUCCCAUCCUCCAUCGCUACACGAUCAAGCUUCUAAGGUGCUGUUCGCCCCACAAUCAACGAGCAUCCGAGGCCUCUGGACGACCAACACAUCAGUCCAACGCAGCGCUACGCUGUCGUGACUCUCGUGCUUUGAAUAGCCGAGCAGGGGAAGACCUCGCACGCAGCUCGUAAAAGCUCGGACGCUCUCCGCGCGCGAUGCUGAUAAGGCCAGUGGCGCUGGCACGGUCUCUGGGCGCAAGAAGCUGCGCGCCCAGCAGCAGCAGCAGCAGCAGCAGCAAGAGCGUGUCAUGCAACGACUCUGCGCAGCUCCGAUCGUACUCUCACUCUGCGCCCGGCCCGAGCUCCUCCCAAAUCGAUUCCUCGAAGAGACAAGCUACCGGCAGCGCUGCACAGAAGCUUAAAAUUCCGCCUCGCCUUCAAGCCAGGCUGGACGAGCUGGGACCGCGGAUAUUGGAGAGGAUGCGGGUGUUGUCUGGAAGGUGGAACGAAGUGUCUGGGUACGAAGCUGUCGAGGCUCUCAAGAAGGAUGUGGAGCUGGCGGAGCAAAGGCUGGUGAGCCUCAAGGCACAGCAAAAUGAAGCGCUGCAGGCACACAGGAAAGCAGUAGCCCAGCGUUCAGAGACACAGCGCACGCUCAACGAUCUUCUCUCGCGCAAGUCCUCGUGGUCCAACUCCGACUUGGCUUCAUAUACUGCUCUACUCCAAUCUGAGCACUCUGAAUCAGCAAUGGAAAAGGAGGCAGGGGACAAGUACGAGGUCGCGGAAAGGCAGAGGGAGAGAGCUUGGGAUGAUGUGGUCAGGAAGACUUUGGAGCGAUUCCACGAAGAGUGGAGGUGGAGCGAGAGGGGGAGAACCCUUGGAAACUGGGUCAGCGCUGGAGUUGUCGGCCUUAAUGUCGUGCUUUUCAUCACAGCCAUUCUCAUAGUAGAGCCGUACAAAAGGCGAAAGCUGGCACAGACGUUCGAGGCUCGUCUACUCCAAGGCGAAGCCGCCAACUCGGCGCGCAUAGAGUCGCUCUUGGCAGGCGUGAGCGAAAGACUGACCAGCAUGGAAACUUCGACCCGGGGCACGCAAGCCACUCUGCAAGAUCUGGCGGUCGUGGCCGGGUUGGGCAGAGGCGCUCACGAGACUUUGGAAAAUGGGCAAGCGCCUGUACCCACAGAUGCAGAGGUACCGGCUCAUCCUGCCCUUACGCCCCUCCAAAAGGAGAUCAGGGACAAACAAGCGCACAAGGAGCGUCAAAGGGACCUCGCCCUGGCUGGUACAGUUGGCUUCGCGGUCGGAGCUGGCUUGCUCGCUAUUGUUAGUGCAGCCUGGAGCGGCUAAUCAUCAAGGUCCGGCCAGUAGCUGUGCUCCACACCCCGCAAACCUUUGCCGUUCAUCACGAUUUCCUCUUGUUCAUGCUUAUACCCAACACUAGCACAGCAUGCUGGUUUCGCAACGUUGCAGGCAAUGCAUCAUUGUGUUACAAAGCGAGCUGUCAUCACAUGACCGAUGACCGCACAAGGAGCUCAAGCCAACCUGUAAUCAAGGCACACAAGAGUCAGACCUGUGCAAACAGCUUGUUUCAAGCACACGACGGCACUCCCACGCGCUACUCACAAUUGCAAAAAGUUCGAAGGACAAAGCGUAGCACCUGUUCGUCUAUUCUCGUCCAGAAGGUCACCUCUCCACCAUCCGUCCGGACUGGUUUCCCAAAUCGCAAUGAUAUCUCCCGCUG